AUGUCAGGCAUCUUCAGCAAGCUCACGGCCUACUUCACGCCAGAGAAGCCAAAGUUCCGCAUCACCGCACUUGUCGCGCCCGCAACGUCGCAACAAUACUUCUCCGACUCCAGCUUCUCACACGCUGACCUGAUUGGUAUCAACGAAACCAUCACACGCGAAUGCAAAGCAGAGUACCUGAAGGAACACUACGUCAUUGAGUGGGCAGCUGGCAGCAUCAUGGAAAAUGAAGAGGUGGACAUUGGAGGAGAAACUGUACGCAGGGAGAAAAGGGGACGGCCUAAGAUUUGGCAGGGUUGGUGCAAGGAUGGUGGGAUGGUUUAUUUGAGCCCCACGGAAAGGCUGAGGUGUAUUGAGGGCUAUGACGAGCAUGUGAGGGAGGAAAGGGAGAGCGACCGGUUGAAGAAGGCGAACUCGAUUUAG